AAUCCCUCAGCUGCCGAGAUUUCGGAAAUAUGUGAAAGGAACAGCCUCAACGUAGCACACGGACUCGCCUGGUCUUACUAUAUUGGCUAUUUAAAAAUCAUUUUGCCUUACCUUAAAGAUUCGAUUCGUGUUUUCAACGAAAAUAACAAUUGUUUGCUGAAAUGCAAGAAGACUUGGAAACUCCACAUCCUGAUACCCCUGACCUGUGAGGUGUACGAUAGCUUGGGGGAGGCUGACAGUCGUAUUCAGUUCAUAAGCAACCUCCCAGAAGUGAGUGUGGAUCGAGCCGGCAUUAAGAGGAGAACCUACAAACACAGCGUCUAUGAAGUCUUGGGUGAGAACAAAAAGACGCAUUAUUGUGUGGUAGAGUACGCCACCCCUCUGCAGUCCCUCCACGCCAUGUCCCAAGACGACAGCGCCGCUUUCAGCAGGCAGGCCCGUCUGGAACAAGCCAAGCUCUUCUGCAGGACGCUGGAGGAAAUCUUAGAGAAAUCCAAAGAGUGCUCUGGCUGCUACCAGCUCAUUGUAUACGAUGACUCGGGAGAAAACGACAAGCAUUUCCUGUCCAAGGAAAUCCUUCGGCACCUAAAACAGCAGGAUCAGGAGGAAUACGCCGUGUGUGACAAGGAGGACGGGGGCAUGCACACACAGGAAUGUACGCCUGUUGAAGAUACUGAACUUCUAAUUAGCGACUUUGACCAGCCUCUGUCUUUGCGCUCCACUUUCCACAGGACGAAAUCGGCCUUCAAAGGUUUACGACAAAAAGCAGACCGUCUCAGCCGCUGCGGAAUGGGUAGCCAAGCGUUCUCUGCCAAGAAGCGCUCCGACCAAUUCACUCACACAGGCAAAUACCUCCUCUCCUGUUUUUGUCUGGUCACAGAAUGGACAGAGCUAAAGGACGCUGAGGAGGAACAAGUGGAAGAAAUCAUGGCGGCCUUAAGGAUUCUGACGAUUUUGUGGUUACUCGGCGACAUGCUUCCACACGACGAGUCAAAAAAUUUAGAAUCGGCCAAUACAACUCUGCCAGACUUCAGUUCCUUGAAUCAGACUUCCGGAGGAGAGCCCUCGACCACCUCCCUCCCUCAGUCUGCCGGAAAGUCAAACUCAUCUCCAACGGUAAAUGUUUAUGGUGCACUGGUGACUUCCGCAAAAAGACUUCAAAUCACAAACACGGAAGAGUUUCUCGUGACCCCGACCACGACGGAAGAGAAAUCGGCACUCUCGGUGGCAGCAACUGGUGUUACCAGCUUCAUUGUCAUCCUAGUGGUCGUGGUGGUCACCCUGGCCGGAGCCGUCAGCCUAAAAUUGAGAUGUUGCCACUGCAAAGACGUGGAAGAUAAACAGAAACAUCAACAGCUGGCGGUCUCUUACAGUUUGGGAGCACCCAAUGAAAUCGUUGGGAAACACGUCCAGAACAGAGAAAAGGAAACACUUCUUGACUCAGCCCCGGGGCUGCUCCUGGGGCAGGGGCGUGGCCUGCUCAGCGGCUCCUGCGGAGGGUGUGGCCACUGCAGCACACCCUUCAUCCGCUCCCCUUAG